AGUGGCUGGGAUGAGCUCAUGCGUCAGUCGCGUGGCGUGGACCACAUGCCAGUUUCAGUCCCUCACUAGCUAGCUUGGGGGAAGGUGGCGCGGUGCAGGACUGAGAUGCUCUUUGAUAUUGUUUGAAUCUCCUCAAAGACGUGAUCUUUCUUGUAAGCUGGAACUUAUGAAAUAUGAGGAGUUUUGUGCUAUGUAGAUAUAUUUAUACUCUGUGUGCUGUGAAAAUGUCUGAACAAAUUAACUAUUAGCUUUCGUGUGUGAUGCAAAACUUGUUUGUAGAGAACUGCUGCUCUCGCGAUAAGACAAGUUUUGUUAGCAUGGACGUUGCGGUAGACGAUAAAAUACUUACAAGAAGCGUGAGGCAUUCUAUAGACUCCUGAGCUCUUUCACGUACAGUGGACGAACGUCAGCAUGCCAUGAUGAGGUGCUCUGUGGUAAUAGCCUUGGCCAUGCUGUGCCAAACAUGCGGUUUGUGUGUGGGAGAGAGGUCACAGGAACCCGAGGGUGUCACCACCACCACCCCUCAAGAGGACGUCAUCACCACCACUCAAAAAGGCACCACCACAUCACAAAAAGCAGUUAACACAUCUCCGCAAAGUGACGGGAAGCAGCGUGCUAGGACCACUGUGGUGGACCCACGGCUAGAGGACGGCAGGGUGCCGACACGCGCGGAUCAACUGGUGGUGUGCUCUUGUCCAGAACCAACUCCUGACGGCUGCCGGCGCUUCCUUUCCGACGCCUACAUUGACAGUAAAAAUAUUGAUUUCGAGGACAUUAGGGUUCCCGUGGCUGACUUGAGCGUGGCCGUGCAUGACGUGACCUGCCCGAAAAAGAACCAUCGCUUCAUGACUUACAGUGAAGGGAAGUUUUAUUUGCGGGAACGCGGUGAUGUUGUUCUCGUAGAUGCCGGUGAGAUGACAGGCCUCCGCGUCAACGACUACUGCGCCGAUCUGCGCCGCGACUUGACUUGGAACAUGAAGAUGUGUGUUGCCCCGCCUUCGGUACCCAAGUGCUGUCCCAGCGGACAGGCACUGAAGCAUGGAAAGUGCCAGAACGCCACCACCCCUGCCAUUCUUGCACCUCCCAUGUCCAUAGGCUUGCGGAAAAAAUCCGUACAGUUUCCGGUUAUUGAGAAUCACUAUAACCCCUUAAACUGCACUUCAAUUCCUCUGAGAUCGGUACCGUUAACUCCAAAACAAUCCUAUUUAUUAUCAGUUCCAAUAGGACUCAUUCACAUCUGGCACCCAGCUGACGGUCAUGUUAAGGAUCACUACACUUACCCUCCUAACCUUUGCGUUGAUGGCUACGUUAACUCCAACGGAUCAGACACUUACUCCGUCAAUUUUUGCUACUCACACCCAGACCAGCAGCGAAAAAAAUGCGAGGGACAUAUUUGUGUGCGCAAGUGUUGCCCUGAUGGCGAGGAAAUGAGCCAAAUGCUGUAUCGGUGUGUUCCCUCCAACUUCACGGACUUCAAGCCUGUCUUCACUUAUCCUCCCAACGAUUACAGAGUAGUGUAUGGAAGGCCAACAUGCCAGUUCCAAACAGUGGUGAACGAACCCAACAUUGACAGCAGAGGUCGUUAUCACUUCCAUGACGAUAUUUUGACGGCGAUGGAAUAUUGUGUGGAUAAGUUUAAUGAUGGUCGGGAGAUAGUUGAAGACAUGGCAAUAGUGUGCAUCAAGGAGCCAACGAAACUGUGGUCGAGGAUACGAAAAGUCCUAUUCCCGAUACUUCAAGUGAUUUCCUUCCUCUUCCUGCUCCUGACGGUGGGCUGCUACUGUGUGGUUCCCGAGCUGCUUAGCGGUGGCGGGUGGUAUCAGUUGUUCCACGUCUUCUCCCUCAUGGUGGCCUACGCUACCAUGUUCGCCCAGGAUAUGUUCAGCAAGGAUUGGGAGACUGAUACAUGUUUUAUUAUGGGAAUUAUGCUUCAGUUUAGUUUCCUGUCCACUUUCUUCUGGCUGAACGUCCUGUGCCUUGAGGUGUGGAGGAAAAUUAGGAGCCUCAACCUCAAGUUCCGUGCAGCCUCAGUCAUUCCCAUCUGGGUCUACGUGCUUUACGCUUUCGGGACACCAGUUGCUAUAGCGAUCAUAACGGUGUGCAUGCACUUCUUUGCCCCGGAAGAUGUGCCUGGAGUAUGGAAGCCUCACCUUGCACGAAGCAGAUGUUUCUUUGAAGAUCCAGCAAGACUCUUCCUAUAUUUCUAUGGACCCAUUGGCUUCCUAUUUGCUCUCAACAUUGGCUUCAUUACCCACACUUCCUGGACAUAUAGGCAGAUUGAAAAAAAUUCCUCCAUGCUGAAGAAAGCCAGCUCUCCAAGGACACCAAAUGAACAGAUCCACCGCAGACGCGACUACAUCUCCGAUUUCAAGCAACAGUUCUCUCUGCUGGUCUUAAUGUCGCUGUGCUGGGUAUCAGAACUUUUAUCUUGGCUUAUUCCACCUCUUGAAAUUUGGGCUUUAACAGAUACGCUGAACACGUUGCAAGGUUUCUUUCUAUUUAUAAUUUUCAUUGCUAAUAGAAGCAAACGUAAACACCUGAAGAAGAAGUUUCCACUGGUCUUCAAGUUUUGGAAUCAGAUUAGGAAAGUCCUUCGCCAUUGCUGCUGCUGGUGCUGUCCAGAUGCCAAGGAGACCUGCCUGGCUCCACUCGGAAGCCUCACAUCACAAGUCAGCAGGAAACUCUCAUCUUCAUCUAUUGUCUCUAAUCUGUCGACACUCAGCACUUCUCUGAGAUUUUCAAAGUCUUCAUUUUCGAUGGACCUCGGUGAUGACCUUAAUACAAAGAUACCGUCUGUGUUAGAACAUAACGGUGGCAUUACCACACUGUCUCACUCACCAAUAGGAGUCAACACUGUCUCUCUGCAUGACAACACUGACACGCAGUGUUAGUUCCUCUUACUGUGUUGUCUCUAUUGUUUUCUUCUAUGGUAACUUGUGAGUGUUUACAGACUUGGAUACUGAGAAGGUUGUACUGUUAUGAAACUAAAGUGAAAAUUCAUUAUGCUUACAUCAUGUAAUAUUCCAUCACAGUCCUGGAAGAGUUUUGAUGGGACUACUCCAUAAUACGUGUGAAUGCAGAGAAUGGCCAUGUGGCUUUAUAAUAAUCUCCAUAAUAAUUGGUCAUAAAGGAAUCACGGACUCUAUUUGCCUAUGAUGUUUCUUUAGGCUCCUCAACUGAAUGGAUGAAAUGUAUUACAAAUCUAUCAAUAUUCAUGAUAUCAUCAUCAUCAUCAUCAUCACCAUCAUUAUCAUUAUUAUUAUUAUUAUUAUUCCAUUGAACUUCUUCAAUUUUCUUAAGGUGUUGAACUGUCAUUUGUGGAGAAAACUAUUUUUCCGUUAAUGUCCUAGUGAUGGGAAUAGAUCUGAUUUCGCGGUGACCUUCCCCGCGCCAAUUUGCUCUCUAUCCACUGCUUGAGUGUGGGUUAUGGCGGACAGUGGGCUCACCACAUCUCUACUCCCAACUGUUGGUGAUCUAUGUACAAAUUAAUGAAUGGAUGAGUGGAUGAAUGUCUCACACACGAAUGACUGAUUGUCAAUGUGAGACAUGAGAUGAACAAUGAGGUAUGGCACACUGAUAGAAUAUGACUUUUUAAUUAUUGAUAGAGUACGAGGUGACAGGUGUAGAGCAGCAAACUUUAGUGUGCUUUGUGAAGUUGCAUAGUAUGAAAUAAGCACACUCGCAAAUGUUGGGGACUAAGUUGCUCAAGAGAUGAUUUUGAAAUAUAUAGAGUACAAACAACGCAUAAACCUUUAAGUUUAAAGAGAAAAAUUACGUCAUCGUGUUAUUCCAUAAUUACAGGGGCUUCCUAAACCAUGAAAUCAUACAUACGUACUAUAUAGUGAGCAAGUAGGAAAAAAAAGUUGAUUAAUCAUUUUACGUUGAAUUUUGAUCUCAGCUACAGAACUUGUUAGAUACGUUGUUGAAUGAAAUGUAUUUUGCAGAAUUGUAUCUACUGAAUAUAUGAAUAACUAAGGCCAGUUUUAAUUUUGUGAUAAUGAUGAAAAUUUAUGUAAAUAAUUAUUGUCGAUACUACAUCCAUAAACAUUUUCAGAGUGGGUAAAAUAAAUAAAAUCUUUAAUUGCA